UUAUGUUCUACAGGAGAACUGGGAGGUGGUCAAUAGUACUUCAUUUCCUCUCUACCAUCUUGUCCUGCUAUACACUUUUGAUAUUAUCUUCUCUUUGUGGCCGCUUUGCUAGAGAUACUAUAACAGUAAAUUUUAGUGUAGCUGAUGGACAAACUAUUGUUUCAGCUGGAAAUCGAUAUGAAUUGGGGUUCUUUGGCCCAUCAGGAAGCUCUAACGUGAAGAGAUAUGUCGGGAUAUGGUACACCUCCACUCCACAAACAGUUGUGUGGGUUGCUAAUAGAAAACAGCCACUUCCAGAUAAAACUGGAAUUCUACAUAUUGCGGGUGGUAACAUCCGGAUAUCUGAUGAGCAAAGGAACAUUUAUUGGUGUACGAAGCUCCGGUUAAAACGUACGAACCUCGGUUUGCUGGUGGCGAAGCUCAAUGAUACUGGUAACUUAAUUAUGUACGAUAGUGAUGGGUUAGGGAUAAACCUAUGGCAGAGCUUUGACUGUCCAACGGAUACAUUUCUUGUCGGUAUGAAGAUGGAUGAGAAUUUAGUUUUAACUUCAUGGACCAGUGAAGAAGAUCCUGCACCUGGAAACUUUACGUUCAAACAAGAUUUGCAAGCAACUCGACUGGUUGUCAUGAACAAGAGUAUCACUUACUGGAGAUCAUGGCGGGGGUCAGGUGAAAUCUUUGAAUUACUCAACAACUUGAAUUUUAGUGGGGAUAACUCAGGAGUUCACAUAAAUGAAAGCCUGGUGAUGAAUUUCACUGGAGAUUUGCAGUUCUGGAAGCUCGGUUCAGAGAUGAAAAACAGGUCAUUGAUAUGGUGGGAGCCAAGAGAUAGAUGCAGUAAGUACAAUUACUGUGGAAACUUUGGCACCUGUAACGUCAACAACAAGUUACCAUGCAAAUGUUUGCCUGGUUUCAAACCUAGACUCGCAGAGAAAUGGAAUGCUGGAGAAUUCGAGGAAGGUUGCUCCAGAAACUCUGCAUCACACGGGGAUUACUUCUUAAGGUUGAAAAGGAUGAAAUUGGAAUAUCCAGAAUCACCAUUCGGUGUUGAUGAUGGAAAAGCCUGUGAGGCCGAAUGCCUCAGUAACAGCCAGUGCCAGGCAUAUUCAGUAAAUUCCAGUAACAACAGGCAACUUUCAUGUUUAAUAUGGACUGAUGAACUCAAAAAUAUUCAGGACGAUCAAGUUGAUGGCUACGAUAUCUAUGUCCGUUUGCUACUGUCUGAUUUAGAAUCAACGUUUAGAAGUUGUAGAACUUGUGGAACAAACUUGGUCCCUUAUCCCCUAAGCACUGAUUCAAGUUGCGGUGAUCCUAUGUAUCGCAGCUUCGACUGUAAUGAUGGUUCAUACCAACUAAGCUUUAGGACACCCGGUGGCAGCUACACUGUAACCAAUGUCGACCCCGAGGCACGCAUAUUUGUUAUCAAAAUACAAUCUGCAGAAGCAAUUGAUUGUAAUGCUAUGCAGUCAUCAGGAAGCAAAAUUCUGCAGCUCAAUCCAUCAUCUCCAUUCAAUGUGACCAGCAGUUGCAGCAGUGAUGUUGGAAACUUCACUAGCGAUUCUCCAAUGAAUGGUACGAUUGAAGUAGAAAUUAGUUGGAAGCCACCAUUAGAGCCAAUCUGUGAUUCAUCUGCUGAUUGCAAGGAUUGGCCGUUUUCGACUUGCAAUGAAACAAGAAACGGACAAAAAAGGUGUCGGUGUGACCCUACCUUUCGUUGGGACGGCUCUGCUUUAAACUGUACUCCAGUGCUCAAACAAUCAGAAGAGUCUUUUAAUAAAAGCCAGGGAUUCCCUCUUAUCCUUGUAAUAUCUCUGCCAAUUGCAUUGGUCUUUUUGUGCAGCAUUGUUUCUAUUUACUCGUGGAGGAAGAAAAUGGUAAAGAAGAGAGCAAAACAAAGAAAAGCUCAUCUUCAACGGUACGACACCGAGAGAGGUGUUAAAGAGCUGAUGGAGUCGAGCCAUUUUGAAGGACAAGACGGGACAGGCAUAGACGUACCUUUCUUUGAUUUCAAAUGCAUAGUAGCUGCAACAGACAAUUUCUCAGAUGAACACAAACUUGGAAAAGGAGGGUUCGGGCCGGUUUACAAGGGUAAGUUUCCAGGAGGUCAAGAAAUUGCUAUAAAGAGGCUGGCGAGUGUUUCCGGACAGGCGGAUGAAUUCAAAAACGAAGUUGUGUUGAUUGCUAAACUUCAACACCGAAAUCUUGUGAGGCUAUUAGGCUACUGCAUACGAGGAGAGGAAAAGAUUCUACUGUAUGAAUAUAUGCCCAACAAGAGCUUAGACUCUUUCAUAUUUGACGAAACACUUAGCCUGCAAUUGAACUGGGGGACACGGUUCAACAUCAUUUUGGGAGUCGCUAGAGGAUUGCUUUAUCUUCACCAAGAUUCUAGGCUGAGAAUCAUCCACAGAGAUUUGAAAACUAGUAACAUAUUACUAGACGAAGAGAUGAAUCCGAAAAUAUCAGAUUUCGGCCUUGCACGGAUGAUCCAAGGAAAACAAACCGAAGGAAGCACAGGAAGAGUUAUUGGUACAUAUGGAUAUAUGGCGCCGGAAUACGCAUUAGAAGGAGUUUUCUCGGUAAAAUCGGAUGUUUUCAGCUUCGGUGUAGUGAUGCUCGAGAUAAUUAGUGGGAAAAAGAACGUGAGGUUUUAUCAUGUGGAAAAUACACCAAGCCUUAUUGCUUAUGCAUGGAGAUUGUGGCAAGAAGGCAAGGGGUUGGAUAUAACGGACAAGACGUUGCGGUCGAGUUGCGACGAGAGUGAGGUGUUGAGGUGCUUGCACGUCGGGCUGUUAUGCGUGCAGGAAGAUCCCGGCGAACGCCCCAACAUGUCCAACGUUGUUGUCUUGCUCGGUAGCGAAACUGCAAGCCUUCCGGUUCCGAAGCAGCCAGCUUUUCUGACGACGAGAACACUUUCUAGCACAGCUUCUACGUCUAGUAAGGCGGAUAAUAAUACCGAAAUCACUGCAUCUCUUGACGAAGAUGUCAUCACAGUGAACAUUUCGAUCAAUGAUGGUGAAGGAGAAAGCUUGGUUUCACCAGGGAAAAAGUUUGAACUCGGAUUUUUUACUCCUAAUGGAAGCUUCAAGCCUAAGACCAGGAGAUACUUGGGGAUAUGGUAUUAUGGUUCAAAUCCACAAACAGUCGUGUGGGUUGCCAAUAGAGGCAAGCCGCUUUUCGAUGAUAGCGGAGUCUUUGUCGUUGCAGAAGAUGGAAACCUCAAGGUAUUGGAUCGAAAUGGGAAAUCUCUCUGGUCGACGAAUAUUGAAGCAGUGCCUUGCGGAACAAGAAAGGCCAAGCUGAGUGAUACAGGGAACCUGGUGCUGAUCCAUGAAGAAAACAUUGUCUGGCAAAGUUUCGAUAACCCGACUGAUACAUUUCUUCCAGGCAUGAAAAUGGAUGGUGACAUGAUACUAACAUCAUGGAAGAGUUUGGAUGAUCCAGCUCCAGGGAACUUCACGUUUGAGAUAGACCAAGAAAGGGUAAAUCAGUUCAUUAUUUGGAAAAGAACAACAAGGUAUUGGAAAAGUGGUGUUUCGGGUAAAUUCAUCGGCCCCGAUGGUAUGCCCUCGGCCAUGCCAUCGGUAAUUUCUUUCUUUUUGUCGAAUUUCACCUCGGUUGUACUCCACAACGAGUCCAUGCCUCAUCUUACGUCAUCGUUAUAUAGUGAUACAAGGAUGAUUAUCGGUUUCUCCGGACAGAUUCAGUAUUUCAAGUGGGAUUCUAAUAAGAUCUGGUCCAUAAUUUGGGCAGAGCCUAGAGAUAAAUGCAGUAUCUACAAUGCGUGUGGAAAUUUCGGUAGCUGCAAUACUAACAAUGACUUGAUGUGUAAAUGUUUACCAGGAUUUUCACCUAGCUCCCCUGCAAAUUGGAAUAACCAGGAUUACUCUGAUGGAUGCACCAGGAACUCGAGGAUAUGCAACAAGAAUUCUAAGAUCGACAAGUUCUUGAGUUUGAAAAUGAUGGAAGUCGGGAAUCCAGACUCUCAGUUUAAUGCGAAGAAUGAAAUGGAAUGCAAAUUCGAGUGUCUUAGCAACUGUCAAUGCCAGGCUUAUUCCUAUGAAGAGCCUGAUGUUAUGCAACAAGGUGGUAGCAGCAUUGCUGCUUGCUGGAUAUGGUUGGAAGAUCUGAACAAUAUCCAGGAGGAGUAUCAAGGGGGCCGUAAUGUUAAUGUCCGGUUAUCCGUUUCUGAUGUAGAAUCAACCAGAAGUUGCGAGACUUGUGGGACAAACCUGAUUCCAUAUCCACUUAGUACCGGACCGAAAUGCGGUGAUGCAAUGUACUACAGUUUUCGCUGCAACAUCACUUCAGGUGAAGUUACCUUUGAUGUCCCCAGGGGAACCUAUAGAGUGACAAACAUAGAUCCAGAAACACGAAAAUUCAUCAUUCAAACCAACGAAGCAAACGAUUUCAAGGCAGGAAAUUCGGGUGAUGAUUUCUUUCAGUUCAAGCAACCAUCUCCAUUUCAUGUUACUAGCAGAUGUACUGUCGAUGAAGUGGAGAUAGGCUGGGAUCCUCCAUUGGAGCCAACCUGCUCUUCACCUACAGAUUGCAAAGAUUGGCCAAAUUCAACUUGUAAUGUAACAAGCUACAGGAAGAAAAGGUGCCUCUGCAAUACAAACUUCCGAUGGGAUAACUCGAGUCUAAAUUGCACUGAAGAUAACGGUUAUGGACAAAAGAGAUACAAGUCUUCAACUAGAAAGAUGGCUUUAUCUCUGAUUCUCGUGAUAGCCUGCAUUAGCAUAGUAGUUCUAAUUGUCGUGCCAAGCGCCAUUGUUUAUGUUUACUUGAAGAGGAGGAAACUGACCAAGGGAGAAGGGAUAUGGGGAAGCAUUCAAAGAAAUUCUGCACUUCACUUGUAUGGCAGAGAGAGACAUGUCAAAAACCUGAUCGAUUCGGGACGGCUUAAAGAAGAGGAUACAGGUGGCAUAGAGGUACCAUUUUUUCAUUUAGAAAGCAUUCUAGCUGCAACAAAGAACUUCUCAAACGCAAACAAGCUUGGACAAGGGGGAUUCGGACCUGUUUACAAGGGUAAGUUUCCUGGAGGGCAAGAAAUUGCCGUGAAGAGGCUGUCUAGUGGUUCAGGGCAAGGCUUGGAGGAAUUCAAAAACGAGGUCGUGCUGAUUGCGAGACUUCAACAUAGAAAUCUUGUUAGACUAUUAGGAUAUUGUGUUGCAGGAGAUGAAAAGAUGCUGCUCUAUGAGUAUAUGCCUAACAAAAGCUUAGACUCCUUCAUAUUUGAUCCGAAUCUAUGCAUUCUGCUGGACUGGGAUAUGCGAUACCGCAUAAUAUUGGGAAUCGCUCGAGGCCUUCUAUAUCUCCACCAAGAUUCAAGGCUGAGGAUAAUUCACAGAGAUCUAAAAACUAGCAACAUUCUACUGGAUGAAGAGAUGAACCCGAAAAUUUCCGAUUUCGGGAUGGCAAGGAUCUUCGGUGGCAAAGAAACUUCAGCAAACACAAAUAGAGUAGUGGGAACCUACGGCUACAUGUCACCCGAGUACGCACUAGACGGACUUUUCUCAUUCAAAUCAGACGUCUUUAGCUUUGGUGUCGUUGUAAUUGAGAUCGUGAGUGGGAAACGGAACACCGGAUUUUAUCAGCCUGAAAAAUCUUUGAGCCUUCUAGGAUAUGCGUGGCAUAUGUGGAGAGUAGACAAGGCAAUGGACUUGUUGGACCAGACACUGCGUGAGAGUUGCAAAGCAGACGAGCUCCUAAAUUGUCUGAACGUAGGGCUGCUGUGCGUACAAGAAGACCCCAACGAUCGUCCCACCAUGUCGCAGGUACUUUUCAUGCUCGGCAGCGAAAACGCUUCGGUCCCAGCUCCAAAACAACCGGCAUUCGUGGUCAGGCGAUGCCCUUCUAGCAAAGCUUCUUCGUCCAGCAAACCGGAGACAUUUUCCCAGAAUGAGCUAACCGUUACUUUGGAACAUGGUAGGUAGUAGUCACCUCUACGAGAAUCAAUUUCAAUUGUUUA